CUUUCUAACAGGAGUUGUGACAUUGUUAUCCACCGCAAAGGAGCAGAUCCAAAGGGAUAAGACUACAAGAAGAAAAGCUCAGACUUAGCAAAUAUACCUGGAAUCAUGACUCUGAACAAAAGUGACAAAUUUCGGAACAUGGACAAAAGGCGAGGGAGUAUUCCGUUUCCAAUCCACUUGCAGAACCUGCAUAGAAGGAGCAUGCCUGUGGACGACCGGGAGCUGCAUUCGACAAUGCCUUCGGCGCAAACAAGUGAGCUGGCCAACCUCCUGCGAUACACGUCCUACAGCUCAGGGGAGCCACACCAUGAAAGCUGUGUAUCCGACUCGUCCGACUCCGUCAUCUCAUCCGGCAGCGACUCCGAGGUACACGUUCACAAAGUAGUUCUACUGGGCGAGCACGGCGUUGGCAAGUCUAGUCUGGCACGAAUAUUCGGUGGAGUUGAAGACGGGCACGACUGCGAUGAAGCAGGAAAUACAUAUGACAGAUCUGUCAUUGUUGAUGAUGAAGAGGCUUCAAUCCUUUUGUAUGACAUAUGGGAACAGGAUAACAGCCAUUGGCUGAAGGAGCAGUGUAUGAGGAUGGGCGAUGCCUACAUCAUUGUGUACUCAGUGACGGACAAGGCCAGCUUUGAGAAGGCAUCAGAGCUGCGCAUCCAACUGCGCAGGGCCAGGCAGUCUGAGAACAUACCCAUCAUCCUAGUGGGGAACAAAAGUGACCUGGUGCGGUCCAGAGAGGUCUCUGUGGAUGAGGGCAGAGCAUGUGCCGUGGUGUUUGACUGCAAAUUCAUUGAGACGUCGGCCUCCCUCCACCACAAUGUGCGGGACCUUUUCGAGGGUAUUGUGCGGCAGAUCCGCCUGCGUAAGGACAGCAAAGAGGAGAACGCCCGACGCCAGGCCAACAACAAGAGGCGCGAGAGCAUCAGCAAGAAGGCCAAACGCUUUCUGGGGCGAAUGGUUGCUAAGAACAAGAAGAUGGCAUUCAGGCAGAAGUCCAAGUCCUGCCAUGACCUCUCUGUUCUCUGA